CCUAGAGCCACCUUUGGCUUCUGUGCACUUCCGCCUUUGUGCACUGCAGCCUUUUCUUCUGUUUUCCUCAGCCCUUGCGUGGGAAGCGGUUCCGGGGCUGGCGAGUCUAUGCGCUCUUCUAGGGUCAGUGCUACACGACUAGGGAGAGGCGGCUUUAUAGGGAAGGAGAAUUCAGGAGCUGCCACACAGGCCAGAUCAUUCAUGACCCCAGUCCUCCUAACCCAGCGUAUCUUGAGAGUUGUCUACAUUUUACCAAGAACAGCAGAAAAUGAAUAAAUCCCAGAUUGAACAGAAAUUCCAGGAAUUGGUAUCAUUUAAGGAUGUGACUGUGGGCUUCACCCAAGAGGAGUGGCAGCACCUGGACCCAACUCAGAGGUCCCUUUACAGAGAUGUGAUGCUGGAGAACUACAGUAACCUUGUCUCAGUAGGGUAUUGUGUUACCAAACCAGAGGUGAUCUUCAGGCUGGAGCAAGGAGAGGAGCCAUGGAUACUUGAGGAAGAAUUCCCAAGACAGAGCUUCCCAGAAGUCUGGAAGAUUGAUCACAUAAAAGAAAGGAGCCAAGAAAACCAGCGUAAACAUGUGUGGGAAGUUGUAUUCAUCAAUAACAAAAUGCUGACUAAAGAACAAGGUAAUGUAAUAGGAAAACCACUUAACUUGGACACAGAUUCUUUUCCUUCCAGAAAAAUACUCUGUGGGUGUGACUCAUGUGGAAUGAACUUCAGCUAUGUUUCAGAAUUGGUUAUCAAUAAGAAAAACUAUUUAGGAAAAAAGACUGAUGAAUUUAAUGCCUGUGGAAAAUUGCUACUCAAUAUUAAACAUGAGAAAACUCACACUAGAGAAAAAAGUGAAUUUUUUAAAAAUGGGAAAAUGGUCAAUCAAAAUGAGGAUCCUAUUCAGCUUGAGAAGAUUCAAACUUUAGAGCAAAAUUUUGAAUAUAGCAUAUAUCAAGAAACCUUCCUUGAAAAGGCAGUAUUGUAUACACACAAAAGAGAGAUCACUGAAGGGAAUGACUGUGAAUAUGAUGAAUAUGGGAGAAGGUUCUGUGACAACUCAUCCUUCUUGUUCCAUCAGAUAACUCCCCCAAAGGAGAAUCACUAUGAACUCAGUGAUUGUGGGAAAUCCUUAUGUGUGAAGUCCACCCUUUUGAAACAUCAUGGGGCACAUUUGAAAUACUAUGAAUGUGAUGAAAGUGGGAAUAAUUUCAGGAGGAAGUUGUACCUCUCACAGCUUCAGAAAACUCAUACAGGAGAGAAACACUUUGAAUGUAAUGAAUGUGGGAAAGCUUUUUGGGAGAAGUCACACCUCACUCGACAUCAGAGGAUACACACAGGAGAGAAACGCUUUCAAUGUAAUGAAUGUGGAAAAACUUUCUGGGAGAAGUCAAACCUCACUAAACAUCAGAGAUCACACACAGGGGAGAAACCCUAUGAAUGCAGUGAAUGUGGGAAAUCCUUCAGCCACAAGUCAGCCCUCACAUUACACCAGAGAACACAUACGGGGGAGAAACCCUAUCAGUGUAACGCAUGUGGGAAAACUUUUUACCAGAAGUCAGACCUCACUAAACAUCAGAGAACACACACAGGACUGAAACCCUAUGAAUGUUAUGAAUGUGGGAAAUCCUUCUGUAUGAAUUCACACCUUACAGUACAUCAGAGAACUCAUACAGGUGAGAAACCCUUUGAGUGUACUGAGUGUGGGAAAUCUUUCUGUCAGAAGUCACAUCUUACACAACAUCAGAGAACUCACUUAGGAGAUAAACCCUAUGAAUGCAGUGCAUGUGGGAAAACUUUCUACCACAAGUCAGUACUCACCAGGCAUCAGAUAAUUCAUACAGGGUUGAAACCUUACGAAUGUUAUGAAUGUGGGAAAACCUUCUGCUUGAAGUCUGACCUUACAGUACAUCAGAGAACUCACACAGGGGAGAAACCCUUUGCAUGCCCUGAAUGUGGGAAAUUUUUCAGCCAUAAGUCAACCCUGUCUCAACACUAUAGAACCCAUACAGGGGAGAAACCCUAUGAAUGUCAUGAAUGUGGAAAAAUCUUCUAUAAUAAAUCAUACCUAACUAAACAUAACAGGACACAUACAGGGGAGAAACCCUAUGAGUGCAGUGAAUGUGGGAAAACCUUCUGCCAGAAAUCACAGCUCACUCAGCACCAGAGAAUUCACAUAGGGGAGAAACCCUAUGAAUGUAGUGAAUGUGGAAAGGCUUUCUGCCAUAAGUCAGCUCUAAUAGUACAUCAGAGAACACAUACAGAAGAAAAGCCCUAUAAAUGUAAUGAAUGUGGAAAAUCUUUUUGUGUGAAAUCAGGACUUAUUUUGCAUCAGAGAAGACACACAGGGGAAAAGCCUUAUGAAUGUAAUGAAUGUGGGAAAUCCUUCAGUCACAAAUCAUCCCUUACGGUGCAUAACAGGGCUCACACAGGGGAGAAAUCUUGUCAAUGUAAUGAAUGUGGGAAAGUUUUUUACCGUAAAUCAGACCUUGCUAAACAUCAGAGAUCACACACAGGGGAGAAACCCUAUGAAUGUAACACAUGUGGGAAAACGUUCUCUCAGAAGUCAAACCUCAUUGUACAUCAGAGAACACACACAGGAGAAAAAUCUUAUGAUUGAAGUGAAUAUUAGAAAUGUUGAGCAUUUCAGAGAAUUCACACCGUGGAGAAAGCUCUCUUGACAUCCUGAAUGUUCA